AUGGCACCAAGCCCAAUUAGAUAUGUCACAAAGGUUGACUUGAACAAACCAGGAGAUGCUCAACCUCAAGUCCAUAAUAGAUGGCACCCUGAUGUUCCAUUCACAGAAGCCAUUAAGCCGGGAGAAACAGUGAAGAUAGAAUGUUUGGAUUGGACUGGUAAUCAGAUUUGUAAUAGUGAUACUAGUGAUGAUUUGAAAAAUGUUGAUUUAUCAAGAAUACAUUAUCUAUCUGGACCGUUUAACAUCGAGACUGCUGAGCCCGGAGAUGUAUUGAUGGUUGAGAUCAAAGACGUUCAACCUUUAGAAAGACAACCAUGGGGUUAUUGUGGUAUUUUCCAUAAAUCAAACGGAGGAAUUCAUGCAACUUCAAGACACAUUCCCCAUGUUAAAUUCUCGGGUUUAAUUCAUCCUGGUAUAAUGGGUACUGCUCCAUCGGAAAAAGUUUUGACUGAAUGGAAUAAAAGGGAAAAAUCUAUUAAAGAGGAGAUUCAACAUUUACAUGAUACUUCAGUUGCUAACCUUCCUGAAGUUGUAAACGCUCACGGAGGUAGUGCUGAAGGAUCAUUAAAGGAGAAAAUUGCAAAAGAAGGGUCAAGAACCAUUCCUGGAAGACCUGAAAAUGGUGGGAAUUGUGAUAUCAAAAAUUUAUCUAGGGGAUCCAAGUGUUAUUUCCCUGUUUACGUAAAGGGAGCUAAAUUUUCAAUUGGUGACUUACAUUUCUCUCAGGGAGAUGGAGAAAUUUCGUUUUGUGGGGCAAUUGAAAUGGCAGGGGUUAUUACAAUUCAAGCAAAAGUUAUCAAAGAUGGCAUGAAAUUAUUAAAUUUAAAAUCACCAAUAUUUCUUCCUGGUGAUGUUCAGAAUCAUUACAGUCCAUCAAGAUACUUAACCUUUGAAGGAUUCUCAGUUGAUGAAACUGGUGAACAAAAAUUCCUUGAUGCAACCGUAGCUUAUAGACAAGCUUGUAUUCGUGCGAUUGAGUAUCUUAGAAGAUUUGGUUAUAAUGAUUAUCAAAUUUAUUUGUUAUUGUCUUCAGCACCAAUCGAGGGCCAUAUUGCCGGUGUUGUUGACGUACCCAAUGCAUGUACAACACUUGGAUUACCCAUGGAUAUAUUUGAUUUUGAUAUCUCACCAGAGAAAAAAGAUCUUAAAAAAGAUAUGGGUAACUGUGCAUUUGUAUCCAAUUACGAUCAUCCAGUCUGUUAUGAAUUCAACGAAGGUUUGUUAAAUAGUUUUAACAUUAAUUCAUAA